GUGCCCAGAGGCCUGGAGACCUUGUACUCGCGAUACCCGACUUAACCGGUACCCCCACUCCUGCGUUCCCUUCAACUCGCGAGUGGAUCCUGGGGUGAACGACGACGAUGCGCCGCUCUACCGACGCCCUUUCUGUGCUCUCGACGGAUGACCUCGCCGACUACGAUGUGAUCUCGGACGGCCCGCGCUCGAUGGAGUCGAGCAUCGCGGACCUCGGCCAGGCCCCCAAGUACGCCGGGGGCGAGCCUGCGCCCCUGCCCUCCGCGAGAGAGAAGUUCGACACUGUGGGCCUGACGGCGGAGGACAUACAGACGCAUGUGCAGCGCUCGCUCGGCGCGCAGCCGGACGCGCGGACAUGGCGGGUGUAUGUGGAUGGCGUAUUCGGGCCUCUGACACCCAGAGACGUGCUGCAGCUCCGGCAGGCGAAGUUGUCCUUUCCCUCUGUGCAGCUGGUGGUUGGGGUGUUCGCGGACGACAUAUGCGAGGAGCACGGCGUGCCUUCGGAGGUGCCGCACGCGGACCGCUGCGAGGUUUUGCGCCACUGCAGAUGGGUGGACGAGGUCGUGCCGGACGCGCCGUGGACGCUGCACGAGCGGUUCUUGCGCGCGCGCCACGUCGACUACGUUGCGAUCGAUGAGGGCACGUCGAUCGACCCAGACGUGGACCGAGAGCGGUUGAAGGGGUACGACCUCGUGAAGAGCCUGCGUAAGGCGAUACCGACGCGGAGGACGAAUGUGUCGACGCCGAUGCCGAAGAGCUUUGACCCGUUCAAGAAAGAGAAAGAGGGGAAAGUUGAGCAAGAGCCGCCAUCGAGGAAGAGCACUGUCAAGGGAGUGCCAAUAGAGCUAGCUCAGGAAUCGGAGGUGGACGCGGGUCGGAGGGCGGAUAUCCUAGAGGCGUUGGAGACGCCGUUCGAGGAGCCACCCGAGCCCACGCCGUUCGAAGAACCAAAGAUAGACGAGUUCGGAACGGGUGUUGGGGUAUGACACGGACAUUACACAGCACCAGUGUUAUGUUACGUUGUGGACCGGAGUGUGUCAAUAUGUACGUGGUAUCUAUUUGUUUCUGAUCAAGU